CGAAAGUGUCGCCGUGAUCGUAUCAUGUCAUGAUUGUUGAAACGUCAAAAAAUGAUUGAAACGUCGUAUGAUAUUCGUUGUUUUUUGAUAAGUAGACAACGUUGUAACUUAUUUGAAAGGCGAUACAUUUGACUGUAUUCAUUCACGCUUUUGAGCGUGUAAUUUGAAUAAAAAUGGAAAAUAUAGCUUCGCCAGUGAACCAAGUUUUUAUAAAUAACGAUGCAAUUGAAUGGCAACCUCUUGCUCUAACUUUAGUCGAAUAUCCAAAAGGUGAUUUCUUUGGUAAAUUCCUUGCUUUUAUGAGUCUAGCCCCCUUUGGAAUAGGCGCCGGAUUUGUAACUUUGAUAUUAUUUAGAAGAGACCUUCAUACUAUAGCUUUUUUUUUUGGUACACUAGUCAAUGAACUAUUAAAUAUAAUCUUAAAGCAUUUGAUAUGUGAAGCACGGCCACUCAGCAGGGGACAUUUAUAUAAUGAAUAUGGAAUGCCAUCAUCGCAUGCUCAAUUUAUUUGGUUUUUUACCAUUUAUGUGCUAUAUUUCUUUGCUAUAAGACUGCAUCAUAUAAAUAAUAACAGCAUUAUAUCAGCCUUAUGGAGAAUUAUUAUUGUGGGUAGCUGCUUUAUAAUGGCUUUAAUUGUAAGCUUUGGAAGAGUUUAUCUUCACUACCACACAACAGCACAAGUAAUUGUUGGUGGUAUAGUUGGACUUAUUUUUGCCACUAUAUGGUUUACAGUUGUACAUAGGUUACUGACUCCAUUGUUUCCUCAGCUUGUUACUCUAAAGCUGUGUGAAAUGCUAAUGAUAAGAGAUACAACUUUAAUACCAAAUGUGUUGUGGUUCGAAUAUACUACGACUAGACAAGAAGCACGUGCACGAGGCCGCAAGAUGGCUGCCCUGAAACCUACCCAAUGACGGUGCGCCUGCGCGCGCGCUCCCAGCACUUGCUUGAGGCUACGUGCGUGACGUUUCAUUGCCGCCGGAGCCAUAGCAAUUCUUGGCGGCCUUAUUAUAUCUAAAUCGGAAACUCGUUCAAUACUGUCAUAUUGACAUCUAAUUAUAUUCACUGGACUCGUUUAUAAUAGUAAGUUAUCAAUUUGUCUUCUAUUCCAGUAGUCACCUCUACAAUUUUAUGUUAUAUCUUAAAGCUACCUGUAUAAUAGACAAUUUCAUUUUUUAUGCCAGUAAAAUAUGAUAUCUUUGUUAUAGAUAACUAUUAGAAAAUUAUAAAAUUGUUUGAAAUAAUUUUACAUAGUUUAUCCAAAGUGCAAUUUAAAACUGGCUACCUUAAUCGUAAGAUAAGUGUUAGAUUUAACUUUUACUUUGUUGAUUGAUGGUGUCACAAUUGAGAAUGAAUCCCAGUCCAUGUCUUUUUAAGAAUUAGUCGUAGACAUCAUAGGUUAAAUAGGCUCUAGUUAUAAUUCAAAUAAUUAGUGACUGUGCCUAAUAAUAUAAUAAAAAUUAUAAAAUAUUUUUUUGACCAUAACUAGCAGUAGUUCUAGAAAUUAUUCUAGGACAUUGCAAUUUAGGUGUUGUUGUUUUAUUUGUGCAUUUUAUAAAUAAAAUUUAAUAAAAAUAAUUAAUAAAAAAUUAUUAUAUUGUCAAAAUUCCACAAAAAAGGCAUUGGAAAAAGAGCCAAAAUGAGAUAUUACUAAAUCAAGUGAAAUAAUACUAUAAUAAUAGUUUAAUUGUGAAGAAACAGUAUUUACUGUUUAUAAUUUGUAUAAAAUAAAAAAUAACAUGACAAUUGUGAGAGUUAUAUAAUUGAUUUAAAUGUUAAUGAAACUGUAAAAGAUGAUAAACAAUAUGAGAUACAAAUGUUUGUGACUAAUUUAGUUAAUAUGUAGUUAUGUAAGAUAAAGAAAACUAUUGAAGUCUAAAAAGUUUAUAUUAUAUACAUAAAGUAAGUGAAGAUAAAUUGUCCAUUCCAGACAUAUGGCAGCCCUGUUAUAUUUAAUAAAUUUAUGUUAGUCAUUCUUCUUCAAAUUCUACUAUUAACAUCAAAUUUACAUAUGUUGUUUCUGAUCUCUGGUAUGAUACUGGUGGAUAGGGCAUGUCAAUCUUAAUUGAUGACAUCCAUGCUUAUUUUGGCCUUAUAAUGUAUCCCAUCAAGUAAAGGAAGAUAUUGUAAAAAAUCCUGUUUGUGUUGGAUGAUACACUUACUCACCGCAUUGCAAUGAUGAGCGUAGUGCAAUUAGCUCUAAACCUUCUCCAUAAGAGAAGAGAAGUACUUUGUGCAGCCGUAAAGCAAUAAAACAUUUACGAACAAUAGUUUAGAACAUUAUAAUAUAUAAUUUUGAAGUAAUAUUAUUAUAUAAUAUAAUACCAAAUAAUGAUUAAUAAUAUUGUGAACUUGAAAAGUAACAAAAACUCAAAUAAUUCAAUAGAUUAAAUAUAAUUCGAAAAAUGUCGC